AAUUUUUGUCUGGGGUUUUAUUCAACUUUGUCAAUAUCACCUAACUCAGAGUUCUGAACCUUCACGAAAGAAGAAAUACAAGGAAAGAAAAAUAAGCAUUUGUCUUUCUUGCACUAGUGACUCGAUAAAUGAAGUAUAGACUUUGCCUCAUUUUCACAAUUUUUCUUGCUAGCGUGAGGUCUCUUUGAAUUUGCUCUGAAGCUAGUUUAUCUUCUAUAUAUAUCUUCUUCCUAUAAAGGUGGAAAUAAAUCAAGAGCCAGCUUGUUAGCUUAGUUUAUUUCCUUUCUCUGAACAUGAAAACCCUCGAAAUUGCACUUCCAGCGGUGGCGACUGUUAUGCUACUUCUUUUACUAGCCCCAGCUUCGGAGGCUGUUAUUACAUGUAGCAACGUUGUUAAUUACCUCAGACCUUGUGUGAACUACCUGGUGAAAGGCACUGGGAAGCCCCCCGCUACUUGUUGUUCUGGAGCCUCGGCUCUUGCAUCUGCAUCAUCAACCUCUGCUGAUAAGAGGGCUGCCUGUGACUGCAUCAAGACAGCAGCCAAGAAAAUAAAUCCAAAUGUACAAGCAGCCCAGGCUCUUCCUGGAAAUUGCGGAAUCAGUUUGCCAUUCACUAUUUCACCAAACGUGGACUGUUCCAAGGUUGGUUGAAAUUGAAGAGGCCUGCAAUGUGCAUUGUGCGAGAGCGAGAAAGAAAGUACUUCAACUCCAUACGUCAUAUUGUAUAAGUCAAAGUUUCUAAAUAAGCUAUCCAGAAUCCACCGAUGUCAUCAUUCCGAAUUCAGUAAAUAAGUUUGCUUUUGUUAAAUCAGCAAAACAAAGUUCUACGUAUCUAUGUGUUACCUAUGGUAAAUCUGUAUGUCUUUUUCUUUAAUUGCUGACUUUAAUGGCAUAUCAGCAUGUGUAAGCAAAAUUUGCAUAUUUUUCCUUGACCAUCCUUACUUAAUGCUGAAUCUUCAGGUGUAUGCAA